AUGCCCCAUCUUUGGCGGCCUCACUUAUUAUUCAUCAAGACCUGCCUCGGUUCUUAUACUGGCCCAGCGGUUGCUGGUUACAUCAACUAUCCCUUCAUCUUUAGCACCGAUGUUGCUGGUGAAGUCGUUGAGGUCGGCCCCGAUGUGGAUAGGUUUCAAGUGGGUGACCGGGUCUGUGGAAGUGCUGCGGCCAUUGCGAAAGAGGUCAAUCGCCCGGCCGAGGGGGCUUUCCAGCUCUAUACAGUAAUGCGACAGAACAUGUUGACACCCAUUCCACCCAACAUCACUUAUGAAGAGGCUUGUGUCCUGGGACUGGGUCUCGGGACUGCGGCGUACGGCCUCUUCCACCCCAACUAUCUGGCUCUCGACAUGCCUAAGAUCCCAGCCCCCACCAAAGUCGUGGGCAAGUCAGGCAAGCCGCGUGCUGUCAUCGUCACCGGCGGCGCUUCAAGUGUUGGGAGCAAUGCCGUACAGCUUGCUGUGGCCGCUAGCUAUCAAGUCUUGUCUACAUCGUCGCCUAGGAACUUUGACUAUGUCAAGGGUCUGGGGGCCACCCACGUUUUUGACUACAAGAGCAAAACGUUAGCCAAAGACCUCCUUGAUGCACUGAAAGACCACGAGCUGGUCGGUGCCUACACCAUUGGCGAUGGUGCUGUCAAGGCAUGCACCGCGGUGAUGAAGAAACACGAUCCCAGCUUCACCCGCAAAUUCAUCGCCGUGGCCGGAGUCAUCAUACCUCCCGGGAAGCUUACAACAUUUGUUGGCAAGGGCACAUACCUGAUGAGCAUGAUGGGCGGCAUGAUCAAAUCGACCGGGACGCGCAUGAGGACCGGUGUUGAGGCCAAAUUCAUUUUUGUCAACGGCUUAGUUGACCCUGAUAGCGUCGUCUCCCAUGUCUACGAGGAUUUCCUGCCGCAGGCACUCGAGCAGGGCCAGUUUGUCCCAGCUCCUCCUCCGCAUGUUGUGGGCAAAGGGCUGGCCAAGAUUCAAGACGCUCUCCAUCUCCAGAGAAAGGGUGUCUCGGGAAAGAAACUUGUCGUGACGCUUUAG